AUGGCAGUACCACGGCAGCGGGUGUUGGACCUGAUGAGGGUUCAAUGCAAGGUCUUCAACACCACAUACAACCCCGAACGCCUUCGUCUAGGAUCGCGCAUCCUCCACCAGCGCCUCAAGGGCCCCGCCGUCGCAUCCUACUACCCACCGCGGAUAGGAACCAUCAGCCAGUUGCGCAGCCUGUACCCCGAACACCAGAUUAUCGACGAAGAGGAGGAAGACUGGUUGGAGCAUCUCAACGUUGCAAAGUCGAGAGGAAAGGGUGCGCCCAAGAAGAAGAGGACCGCCGCCGAGUCCAAGAAGUUCAACAAGAGGAAGUAG